AUGCCAAACAAGACCGCCAACACACCUCUGUAUGGGCAAGCAUCUCCACGAGUUCCGAGUCCCGCAUUAUUCCCACGGUAUGAUGCUUCGAAAUCGCUGUCGAGUCACGAAUUAAAUGAAAUUGCGCCAGCCAAAAGCAGAUCUCAGUCAGGUAGAAACAGGCGAGACGAUGGACCGAAACAACAUCGCGAUUCUGGAGAGCAAACAAAUGAUGACGGGCCGCAAACGACGGAGCGGGCAACGAACCAGACACUCCCACAGGAGAAGGCCAAUUGGCAACUAGUCAGUGCAUGUCUCAUGAACUUUGGCAAUGGAAUGAACGAUAGUGCGCCUGGUGCCUUGAUCCCAUAUCUCGAGAAAGACUACCACAUCGGAUAUGCCAUUGUUUCACUGAUUUUCAUCGCCAACGCCGUCGGAUUUAUCCUUGCCGCUCCUUUGACUUACACGAUUAAGGCCAAAGUAGGUCAUUGUAGAAGCUAUGCACUGUCUAUGGGCCUCGUCACUGUGAGCUAUAUAGCGAUUGUCUGUCACCCACCGUUUGCUGUCAUCGUAGCUGCUUUUCUUCUUCUCGGCUUUGGAAUGGCCAUGAGCAUAGCCAUGAACAACGUGUUCUGCGCAAAUCUUCCCAAUUCUACCACUGCACUGGGCUGCUUUUCUGGAGCCUAUGGCAUCGGUGGAGUUAUCUCACCAUUGUUUGCCACAGCCAUGGUGUCUCACGACAUUCGUUGGACAUACUUCUACACCAUCACAUUGGCUGUUUCUGUGGCCAACCUGUUGCUCUCAAGCUUCGCAUUUCGGGAUUACGAUGAGAAUGCCACUAUGGUCUCCCAAAGCACCCGACUCAGCAAUUCCUCACAUGACCAGUAA